AUGGCAGAAGCCUACGACCGCGAACGGCAAAACAAUGACUCCCUCUCCGCCCUCAGCGCCAAAGUCUCCCAACUCCGCAGCGUGACGAUCGAUAUCUACGACAAUGCCCGCGACCAAGGCGUCCUCGACUCCACCACCGAGACCUUCUCAACCAUGGGCGACAGCCUACGCUCGAGUGCGAGGAGGCUAGGCACGAUGGCGAGUCAGGGGAACCGAGUGGCAAUAUUCAAGUUAGCGGGGAUUAUUGUUGCGACGGUGGUGGUGCUUUGGUGGAUUGUGACUUUCUUUUGGUAA